AUGGCAACUCUCGAAGCGCUGAUCUCGCUGCAGAUGACACGUGCAUCCUUCAUCGACGGCAUUUACACGGAGUUACAGGAGGAGAGCAUCCAGCAGUUCGGAGUGACGGCUCUGGAUUCCAAGCUCGUCAUGCUGGAAACGUAUUGGGCGAAGCUGGAAGCGUCUCAUGAGAAACUCGUCGGCCAGAAGAUCGAGAAUUUGACCUCUCUCGAUUAUUUUAAGAAUCAGGUCUUCGAUGUCGCGCUUAAGCAUUACGCUUCAGGUAGAGUAGCGCUGCUGCAGCUGUUGGAGAAGAAGGGGGCUCCUAACCUCAACCAAUCGGUUCGAGUUCCUGGCGACGCGCAACUACAGAGUUCAACGCGCAGAGCUCUUCCGGAGAUUGAGUUGCCGAAGUUCUCUGGAGUGUAUAAGGAGUGGAGGCCAUGGAGAGACCUUUUCCAUUCGCUGGCCGGGAAUAAUCUGGAGAUUCCUGGGGUCGAGCGAAUGUACUACCUCCGUCUCCAUCUCUCCAAUGAGCCGUUGAAGCUCAUCUCUAAUUUGCCCGUCUCUGAAGAUUCCUUCGGCAUCGCAUGGAGAAUCUUGGUCGAUCGAUACGAGAACAAGCGCUUAUUGAUUGCAGCUCACCUUGACCCGCUUCUCAAUCCUGCUCCGAUGAAGAUGCACGGUGCCUCAGACCUUAAUUUAUUGACGAGCUCCGUUUCUGAGGCACUCAGCGGGAAAAUAAAAGAGUGCAAAGAGGCAUGGGAAAAUAAAAUCGGAGCAUCGACUGAGUAUCCGACGCCUGAACAUCUCCUCGAUUUCCUGCAAGGUCGUUCACGAGCCACGGAAACCUUGGAAGUUGGGUCUUCGGUGCAUACAUCGAACGACGCCUCUCGUCCUUCGCAGCCUAGCGUCCAGACUGGUUCGAUGACCAAGAGUAGUGCCAAGGUCAAUCAAGCCUCGGUGUCUUCGCAUGCGCAGCAGUCAGCUCAGAAAUCUCCCAGUCCAGCGCAAAUACAGUCCACAAAGUCGACGUCCUGGGCCGACGCGGGCUAUCCUUGUUCCUACUGCAAGAUGGAUCACAAUAUCGCUUCCUGUAGCGGGUUCAAGUCACUUACACCAACAGCAAGGAAGGAGGUUGUCGAGCGACUCUAUCUGUGCUACAACUGUCCGGGGAAGCACAGUAUCAGAGUCUGCCAGACCACUCGAACGUGCAGGACAUGCCAGGAGAGGCACCAUUCCCUGCUGCAUUUUGAUCGCGCUCGUCGUCCAGCUCAACGUGGUCCAGCAUCUCAAGUCCCUCGCAACGAUGCAGGAGCUCAGCGCCCGAGUGCUUCUGCUCCAUCGACCAACGUGCCUGUCGUGACGUACACUCACACCGGUGAUGCUGCUCAGGCUGCGUCUUCAGCCCACUCUCAGGCCUGA